CAAAAGCUAUACGCCCCUUUGUAAUUUGUUGACGUUUCUGAGAAAACAUGAUGGCGGCUCUGUCCCAAAACAAACUACAAAUUUAAGAUUGCCACUUUUAAAUGUCCGAAUUUGUAGAAAAUGGCGAGUGUGUUUGAGCAAAGAAAAUCUAACAAAGUUACACUAGAUGAUACAACUCCGCUAUCCUGCUUGAUAGAAACCGCGCAGAAAAAAGAAGAUCAUGUUGUGAGUUUUUUUCCUGGUUUUUAUUAAUUUUCAUACAAUACAUCAUACAUAAAUUUUAAUACCUCGCCAUUAAUGUAUUAGCCAUACUGCUAAUUAAUAAUGUGGGCAUGGGGCAAUAGCAAUUUUGGUAACUUUGGACUAUCCGGACCAUGACAUUUCACAUGGCCACCAUCUUGGUUGCCAUGACCCGUGAACCUUUCAUGAUUUCAUGGGUUAUCAUGGCAACUUAAGACUAAAGGCUAAAGGUGGUCGCUGUGUUAAUUAACACAAGUCACAUGUCGCUAAAAUGGGAGGGGAAAAGGAGAGAAUGUGCUAAUGUGCUGGUUUAGCUAUUUACAGAGAGAAGCGAAAAUAGGACAAACAUUUUAAAAUUUGAUGAAAAAAUUUCCGUCAGUACUUAAAUUUCGAGGUGAACGUAGCUACUUUAUUAAGAAGUCUCAACAACCUGCUCGUUUCCCUCAAAUGAAAUAUGUGUGCGGCUACAGUUUCACACCGUGGUAAGAAGACUGUAAAAAAGGUUACACAAUACAAAAUAAUUUUAAAAUAAUGAAAACCAAACUUACAGUUUCAUAGAAUACACUUUUUUUACACACAUUAUUUCACUUUCCACCAAAAAGAAACUCUAAAAGUUUUCAGAAAAUCAAUAUGUACUCUUUUUCCAAAUCUCAGCUACACUACAAAUCAAAAUAUUUGAUAAAUUGUGUUUUAGAAUGAACUUAGAAGUCAUUUAAAAUGAAACAAGAAUAUUUUUAUUUGAGGUUUCAAAACCCGGUAGAGUCCAUACUAUAUGCAAAUUUCAUUUUGAACGCACUGUACUAUAUAGUAAAACAAAAUAAUGUGUUCAAAAUGUUAAUGUGUGAACUGAAAAAAACAUUUGACCAAAUUUCCGUUUGAUCAAAUUUCCGUAAAUCAAUUUUCCGUUGAUCAAAUCUCUUUCAACCAAAUUUCCGGAUACAGAUGAGUAUUAGUAAACAAUUUUGAUGUUAGUCUUACUUUGAACCUCAGCUAAAUGUCAGUGUGUUGGAAAUGCACCAGUUUCAUACUUCUCACUUAUAUGGAAGUGGCCAUUGUGCAAUUGAAGUUGUUUUCUUAUAUUAUUUUAUUUGGAGUCUCAGUUAAAUUAAGGUAAUCUUGUGUAAGAAAAUCAUCUAAUUCUUGCUUCAUGUUGCAAUUUGACAAGCUACUUUAUAAAGCAAAUAACUCAUUACAUAGCUCUAUUACUAUUGCUUUAUUUAAAAUCAGCUGAAUGUUCAGCUAAUUGACUGUCAAUGCAUCCUUUGAAAAAUUCAUUUUCAUCAUAUUUCUCUAGUAUUUCAAUGUCAUAAACAAUUCCAGUAAGUCAUUGUAGAAUGAUAACCGUACCAAUUGAUAAAAAAAACUGAAUAAAUUGCAGUAUACAAAAUAUGGUUAAGAUUAAAAUAAAAAAUUCUUUUCAGGGUUAAUAUUGGAUCAUCUGAAUCAUCAAAGUAAUAUUGUCUCUUUUUUGCUGUCUUUCAUGAGGGGAAAUUGCAUUCAAUGCCUAGUUCUUCUGCCAAUGAUUUAUCUUUUGUAAUUGUUUUAACAAAGACUAUUUGUUAUGUAUUCAAUCCCUAGUUCUUCUGUCAAUGAUUAAGCUGUUGUAAUUGCUUUAACAAAAACUACUUGUUAUGGAACUCUGAAGAUUGACCAUUUUUAAAAUAUAUUUUUUUUAAAAGUUAAAUUGAUUUAAAAUCAAGAUCUUUUUCUUGAAGCAUUUUUCUAGUUAUAUUGAUCAUAUAAAAUCGCAAAUGAAAAAACAAACUUGAAAUUCAGUAAUUUUUGUAGUUGCAAUUCCUUUAGCUCCUGCACAUGACUAAGUUUCAUGUGUUCCAGUUACUGAAACAUAAUCAGUAAUUGAAAAGAGUGUAUUGUACAUUUAAAAUGUUUGGUAUUGUAUAGCUUUCACAGCAUUAACUCCAGUGGCAUAGCUAGGGUUAGUGCUGCCAGGAACUGGACAAGAUUUUGGCAGCCUCUUCCUUAAAAACAAAAAACAACAUGCGGUUGGUAGAAAAUGCCUCCUAUUAAUAUAAUGAUAUAAAGAAAAUAUGCAGCUCUUGGUGGAAGGCUCCCUCCAACCCCUGCAGUUGAACCUGCAGCCUCUUUUACAUAUUCUAAUAAUACAUUCCUGCGAUAUUUUGAUGCAGGCAAAAAGUUUACUUGUGUAUCUUUUGAAUUAUACUUAUACCCCAAAAAUGUUACUGCUUUCAACCAACAGUUUGCAGCAUCAUUAACUACUAAAUUUAAUAAAUACAAAUUGCAAGGAACAAAUAUGCUCUUCGAUUUAGCUGUCUACUUACUCAUUUUGGCGUUGGAGAAAAACUUUAAUUAUUUUUUCAUAAUUUUUUGUUUUAUUUUUAUUUUCUGGCAUUUGCCGCCCCUUGAAAAAAUGCUACUCUAGUCAGCCACGUAUGUUGCCAAUACCUAAAGCAGGCACUGUUUAUUUCUUUACUUCCACAAUAACAGUAUUCCUUUUAAUAACAAUUUCUCUUUAUGCGUCAUAAUUGGGGCUAAAAAUAAUACAAAGUAGUUUUUUUUAACCCAGCACUCGGACCAAUGAUGUUUAUUGCAAACACACCAAAGCACUAAUGAGUCUGUGGGAUUGUAUGUACAGGUGUAUGCUUAUGUUCAUAACUUGAAGUAUUAUUCAUUAGCCAAGUCAAAGAUUAUUCACAAAACUUAUUUGUUCACAAAUUUGCUUGUUAAAUGGUGAGUUCGUUACCCAAGGUGUCACCGUAUUUAAAAACUGAUUAUCUGGUUACACUAAACAAAAUUCAAUGAUGUUUAAUAAUGAUUUAUGAAUUGCAUUCUAUCAAUAAAGGAAUAUAUCUUACGUGUUCAACGAGGUCCGUUGAGGGAUCAUUCUUGGCAAGUGACCAAACGCUACAGUGAUUUUGAAAAACUUGAUGCUCAGCUACGUGUAACUAACAUAGAGUUACCUCUGCCACCAAAGAAAGUUUUUGGUAAUUUUGACAGAGAUUUCAUUGCAGAAAGACAAAAUGGACUACAGGUAUACAUUCACAACUCCUUCGUAAAAACUAUGUAAAAAAAACCUGAAGUAAAUGAGUGUUGUAUGUUGCUGUUGACAAAACUACACUGUUUCAUCAAUAACCACCAAACUUCAAAAGGUUUCCUUGUGCCAUUAAAUAUAGAGUAUAUUUUAUUUUAGAUACUAAAUUUUUUAAUGUAAGAUUUUAAUUGAGUGUCAAAACAGCUUAAAAGCGGGUCAUAUUUUUAAAAUUAAAGUUUAAAUUUAUUCUUCACUUGAAACGCACAGCUUCUGUUGUAAGACAUUCAUAUGUAUACAUUUUUGUAUAAUCCUGCUUAGGUCUAUCUUAAUGCCAUUACAAGCGUUCCUGUUAUUGCAAACAGCUUAAUUGUUAAAAAGUUUUUAGAUUUAAACAACUACUCCUCCAAUUUUUUAGGUAAGUUACCAAUGCUUGGUUAUUAUUAUCUGUAUAAAUCGCAAUUUAAUUUUUUUUUUCACAAACCUGUGUGUUUAUGUGUUAUAAUCAAUUUAACAAGCUCUUCAAUAUAAUUAUUACAUCCAUAUUUUAUAAUUGUCUAUUGUCAUGAACUUUUAUGAAAUAAUUUUGGUAUAACCAGUAGUAAAGAUCAUUCAAAUUAUUAUGUUUUCUCCAGAGAUAGCAUUACAACACGUCUCAAUGAUAUUUAGGUCUGAGCCUAACUGGGAUGUUAUAGAACCACUUCCAGAAAUAGGUAUUUUAAAGAUAGUUUAAUUUAAGAAAAAUCUAACAGCAAAUGGAUAUAACUUUUUUCUUUAGCACUUUGCAACAUUUUUUAAAUGAUGUUUAGUACUUGAAUUAAGGAAUUUUAAACAAUAGGCAAAAUAUAUUCAAGUAAUUUUUUACUCUUACAAAAUAGUUCCUUAUUAUAAAAAUUAUUUGACAUAGAAUUGAUAAAUUAAAAGUCUUAAAUGUUUUAUUAUAUAUUUAGGAUGGAGAAUUCGCAAGCAUUAUAUACUUGUAAAGCCAGUUUCUCAACCUAAAGUUCGCCAAAUGUUGUCUUGGGUAAGGUAAAAGUGUUUUUAUUUUUUGUUGUAUAAAUUAGAUUCUUACGAUGAACUUACUUAUAAAUAUUAUAUUAGAAUUUAAUCAUCAUUUUUUUGUGUGAAAUUCUAAGAGAAGACUUUCAAUAUUGAUUGGUAGACUCAGUGCGAGUUUAAAAAUGUAAAAAUCCAACCGUUUUUAUGUUUUGUGUAAACUUAUCACUUAUUUAUCUUGCAAACUGCUUUUCAGCAUGAGAUUAUCAUUACAAAUUAAUUUCUGAUACUUUUUUUAUCAUUAACUAAAUAUUUUCUGCAGACUGAGUAUGGCCCUGACAUGUAUUUGGCAGUUAAGGACCUAAGUGGAAUUAUAAAGGUUCUCCCCACCAUCAAGGCAAGUGAUUUGCUCCUUUUUUUUUCUAGUGCUAGCUGUCUGCAAACCCUUAAAAAUUAUCAAUAAAGGAUCAUUGACUAAACAAUUCUGCACAUUCUGAACUCUUCAUACUUAAUCAGUAGCUUGUUGCUUUUUUUUCAGCACCCCUAUAUUUUCCCUACCCAUUUUACCACUGCAAAUGAAAAUGGAAGCAUGAUUAUACGCGACUUUCUGGAAGGGGGAACAUUGCGAGACGUAAUCUGUAAAUGUAAAUCAAAAGGAACCUACUUAAAAAAGUAUUCAAACCCAAAAGCUGUCACUUCUUUGGAUUUUGGAACUGUGAAAAUAUUUGGAAGACAAAUCUUAGAAGCUUUAAAAUUCCUUCAAGACAAGGGGUUUCCGUAUGGUAAGGAAAUGAUUUUUUAUUUUCUCCCCAAAAAUCAUUCUGUAGAAUUUUCAUUUUUUAAUUUUAAAUUAAUUACAUAUUUUUUUCUGAGAAUUUUUGUUUUGGUUAUCACUAAGUUAUUUGAUUAUAUUUUAAUAAUACCUUUAAAAUACCAUUCAGACUCCUUUUACUUUGAUUUUAUUUUUUAAAAGGAAAAUACAGUUUAAAUAUUUACAAAAAAUUGCUAUAAAUCAUUUCAGUGACAAGUACCAUUAAGUUGCCUUUAAAAUGGACUGACCUAUUUAACAAUUGUUUGGGAACUAGAUCUUUUAUUGUAAUUAAAAAAUGGAUCAUGUUUGUCUUCCAGGACAUCUUCAUGCAGGCAAUGUAGUGGUGGUUAAUAAUACAUGUCAGCUGUUGGAGCUAGAGAACAGUGUGAUGGGCCUGCCAGGAUACUAUCGGGCCUUCUACAUACAGCUAAAGAAAGUGCAGGUGUGUAGUUGGAAAUGAAUGAAAGAGCAAAAAGAGGUAUGUGGAAGCUUGAAUAAGAGAACAGGACAAAAAACCAAGACAUUUCGGGAUAAAGCCUUCUUCAGCUAACAAUAACAACAUAACAAUGUUAUAUUUUCAUUUCUAUUGUUAGCUGAAGAAGGCUUUAUGCCGAAAUGUCCUUGUUUUUUGUCCUGUUCUCUUAUUCAAGCUUCCACAUACCUCUUUUUGCUAUUUCAUUCAUUUACUAAGCUUGAAUGCGGUCCUUUAAUUUAUAUUUUGUAGUUGGAAAUCAUAUUAGACAAUGAAAACACACAACCAUGAUACACAAAGAAAACAGAUGAGAUUAGAAAUAGAUUCAGUUCUUGUCCAUCUUGUCAACAUGUCCUCUAUUUUAUUUAUUUAUCUUCUAAAUAAAACAUCAUUGGCUAAUCUUCCCACUGAGAACAACUGAGUUCAGGGAAAGCCUGUUUCAGAGAAUUAUUUCCUUGUUACAUCUUAAGGCUUAUCUUGUGAUACUUGAAAUAUAGAGGAAACCAACUCAUUAAUCCAUAUAAAAUAUGAAAGUGGAAAUUGUAAGUGAACAAUAUGUAUAUUACCUAUUAUUAUUAUGUCAUCGAUAUAUUUACCUCUAUGUACACAUAAAGAUUAAAAUAAAAAUAUGAAAAAAUACAUCUGUUUUAACUAGUUGCUCAUAAAAUCACUUGUCUGUCUUCCUGGUGGGUGCAUUGGUUUGUCCAACUUGUAUGCAAUUUAUAUUUAAUGUGGCUAUAACAUAUUCAUUAGAGGAACUUAUUUUUAAACUUUAAUCUAGCAAGAUAGCUUAUUUGUCAUGAAAAUGCUAAAUAAAUGUUUAAAAAUUUUAACUCAAGUAAGUGUUUAAAAAGGUUACACUUACCUUUGAUAGAAAUGUUUACAUUAAAGUUGUUUUUGCUGUGCAGACCCUGGAGAUGGUAGAUGUUUACACUUUUGGACAAUGUCUCUAUGAAAUGGCAAUGGGAUGCCAGCUGACUACACCCACUUGUGAUACUUUCCCCGUGGAAUGUCCUGCACAGAUUCGUGAGUAGCCUCUAUGCAUGAGUAGUUAAUUAAGUCAAGAGGCUGGGCCAUUUCUUGAUCAUCUGCAAGUGAACCAACCAUACGAAUUUAUUUAAAAAAGAAUAUGAUAUUCUGAAGGCACACUCUUCUUAAUAUAAGCACAGUCCAGUAAAAGCCAUUUCAAUUUGAAAAUUUUGUUACUUCUUUUCUAAUUGUAAACGAAACAAAAAUUUAUAAGAGAAACAUACAUUUAAAACCUUCAAGUCCCCCACCGUUGCAGAUUAUUAUCUUUUCACUUAAAUCAAAAUAUUUUUUUGUGUUAAAAGAACUUGCUUUUUUUUUUUUUUGGCUACACUCAACAUAGGUUCUGUCCUGGAGUCUAUACUAACAACAGAGGCCUGUAAGAAUGGUCUUCCUUCUGUUACUGACCUCCUGUCUCAUCCGUAAGUACAACUGUCUGUCAAGGGUAUGAGAAUCACUGUUGUUAUGUGUAGAUCAUUGUUUUCAUGUUUGAUAGGGAAAAGAUGUUUAGUUAGAGAUUUUAUGUGUAGCUGUAUCGUGGGUGUGAGAGUGUUGUGACGUAAUUGUGUAAGGGGAUAUGACGCGUUAGUUUUUCAUUGUUGUUGGAGAACAGAGAUGGCCGUUGUGCAUUGUCAAGACAUAGCUUCUUGUGUGAUGUUUCUAUGUGUGAGUAUUUCAACUAGAUAGACUGUCAAGUUGAACGUUUACAAGCUGUAUAGUGAAGUACACUAAUUGUCAUGUUGAAGAGACAUGUUAAACUUAUAUAUUGUAACGAACCGUGGAGUGUUUGUUGAAUUGGAGACUAUUACUAUUGGUUGUGCUGUUCGGGGAUCAAGUGGGAGACUUGGCUGGAUGAGUAGACACUCAUUGCCAUGAGCGGAUGAUUUGAAACACAACAGAUACAACGUCUCGACACUGUCACGUGUGAAAUUUAAAGUCUGAAUAACAUGUAAUUGUGCGAGUUUUUAUUAAAUUUCAUUAACUUUUCUGCAUGCGCUAGUUUUUGAGGUCAUCUUAAAUUACUUAUUAAAAGCCGAAACAGUUUCUUGUUAAACUAGAACUUUUAGGAAAAUGAGAGGAAAUUUCUCAUAUUUAAUGUGAUAGAGCCAGUUUUGUAGCACACAAAAGUAAUACUUCUAAUUCAUUCUGCGUGCCAAUAACUUAUAAGUCUACCAUUUAAGACAAUUUUUUUUAGUCAUUUAUAAUUAUCUGUUUAGUCUUGCCAAUAAAAGUCCUCUGAGUGCAUAUUUUGGCACUCGUGCCAUAGGUUGCCGGACCCCUUGACCAACUCACUGGGAAGAUAACACCUUUCCCCCUUAAUAAUUUCACCAAAGAGCCUGCUUUUCUAUUUCAGGCUUUUUAGUGAUGUGAGCCUGCCACCGCAGGUUAGCAAACCUGUGCUUAAAAUACCUAGCAAAUUGAAAGAGUUUGUCAAGUCCUCUAAAGAAGAGAUUGAAAGCAGGCUGAAAAGUGAUCAGAAAUUGGUAUUUCUUGUUAUCUUUUUAAAAAAUUAUCAUAUGUAACUGAAGAAAAAUCUUAAUCACUUUAUAAAAUGUAAUUAUAAUACUUCAACUGCCAUGCCCUAAAAAUCUUAGAAUAUUUGUUUAGCCAAGAGAUAUUUUCUGUUCUUGUUAACUGACCUUUUUAACUGUCCAUUUUUGUUAACAAUUUGACAUUUUUUAUGGCUUUAAUUCAAAUUACAAUAUAUUUCAGCUGAAACAAGUACAGAGGAUUUCAAGGGCAAAAGAGUUCCACAUGUCUGAAGAGGAAAAAAAGAAACGAAGAAAAUCUAGAAAGGUAUUUGGGGUAGAUAAUUCUAUUUUUUACUUACUACUAAUACUAAUAUUGUAUUAAUUUUAAUUUCUGUACACAUUUUUUAAUGAAUUAUUUGUUAACCAAUAAAGGUGAACAUUUUUGGAAAAGGAUAGCAAUGUAGGAUUUAUAUUGAUAAAUGUUAUUGUUUUAUUUUUGAAACUAGAAGUCAAUUACGAAUGGAUCAUUUCAAAAUGAGAUUCAGUAUUUCUAUACAUAAAUAAGACUUAAGUCAUUACAUAACCAUAAUAAAUGUGUUGUAUAUAUUUAGCUAAGAAAACUGCUGAAUACUUGCUAAAUUAAAACUUGAAUAAUUUCCCAGAAGGCUCAGGAAAAUGGUGGAACAGACAGCGUCACAUCCAGCACACCUUCUGUGUCAUCUCCUCCACCUACACCGACCACUCCUGGUCCUAGCAGUAAGUACUUUAUAAGAUUUAGUUAAUUAGGAGGACAGCAUUACUGAAUGCCUACCACAACAAUUUGCUGUUGUUCACCUUACUUUACAAAAACAUAGUGGGACUUAGUUUUAAUUGUAUCAACCGAAGAUUUAUUACCCAGCCAAAGCUACUUUCAAAUAUUUCAAUUAACGUUGUAAUAAAUUGAAACAAAUUUAAAUUUUUAAUUUCUAGUUAUUUGAGUAACAAUUACUCAUACUAAAGCAUAUUAUUAGCAACUGAUCCUAUCCAGCUAUUAUAAUGAACCCUUUGAAUGAAAAUGAAAGAGUUACAAAAAAUAUAGCGGGAAUGUAUUUGAGUUGAGACAUAAUGAUGUUCUCUGGUAUUUGAUGUACUAUUGUAGAUGUAACAAUAGAUAUGCUCACUGAUAUCACAAGCUUGCAGAGCACUGAACGUUGUACAAGCUUUUAUUAUUUAAAUAAUGAAAAAAAAAUAAGAAAAAAAAUAGGUGUAGCAGAUCGAUCACAGAGCAAACUGAGAUGUGCCAGUCUUAUACUGCCUUUAUAUAUUUCUAUUUAUGUGACUUUUUGUCUCAACCUCACAGGUUUAUUUGUAUCCUUGGUGCUGUUAGAUCUGUUAUAAGAACACCUUUAUAUUUGAUGCUGUUAGAUCUGUUAUAAGAACACCUUUAUAUUUGAUGCUGUUAGAUCUGUUAUAAGAACACCUUUAUAUUUGGUGCUGUUAGAUCUGUUAUAAGAACACCUUUAUCCUUGGUGAUAUUAGAUCUGUUUUAACUAAAUCUUUUUCCUUGAUGCUUUGAGAUAUGUUAUGAGUAACACUGGAGUUUGACUUUUUAAAAAGGAAUUAGAAAUAACCCGCCAAACAAUGGCGGCGGCAAUGCGUGAACUUCCCACCUCUUAAAGUUAUUUAUUUUAUCAAAUUUAAAAUGAAUUCGAUUUCUUUAAAAUAAAACGAAUCUUAUCAUUUUUUUAAAAUAAUCCCAUUUAGAAAUAAGAAUUUUAUCUUGUGAGCCCAAUGAACAUAAAUUUGCAUGCUUUUAAGUGUAGUUAUUGGGAGUUAUAUUUUGCGAGCCUAUUUAACACAGUGUUACAGCCAUACAUACCUAGAGAAAUAUUAUUUGUGUUUUGCCUUUAAUUAACACUUUGGGACUUCGAAAAUUCUAUAUCUUGCCAAUGCUUACUGUGUUGACCCUUGUAAAAAAUAGUCGGACCCAUUUAUGAACCAUCAGAGUUAACUAUUUGACUCACAUUUUAAAUUAUUUCAUGAAAGUGGUUGGUCAAAACUAAAAGUAAUACAUACAGCAGAUCUCAGUGUACCAAACAUCAUAAAGGCCAUCAAUCAAAGAAAGAAUUCUUAUCAGCACUGACACAUCUCUAGUUUAAGGCAAAGUUGUUAAUGAGGAAAGUUCCAAGACAGCCAACUCCAAAUCAUAGCAUACACUUAAAUCUCAUUUGAUGAAGCUUCAUCUCUUUCAAUGUGAAACAAGGGCUUUAAAGAUUACAUUUGCUUGUUUGGAUCAGUCAGAUGCGUCAUGUAGAACAUCACUAUUCAAGUUUAUAAAUUAUAAUACAUUCUGGACAAUAUCAAGAAUUUUUAUCUUGAAAUUAUUUUAUUAUUUGUUUCAAAGUUCUGCCCAAUCAUAUGUAACCAAAGAAUAAUUUGUUGACAUGUUAUUGAUUUGACAGACAAAUUGCAUAACAAUGGGUGUAGUUGUAUUUAGUUAUGUAUAAAACAAACUUUUAAAUCAGGAAUGAGCAGAUUACAGCUAAUAUUCUAGUGAAUUUGCAUUUUCAUGCAGACAUAAUAAUUGGUUUAUUUAACGCUGCACAGUUUAUACUAUCACAUAGUUAUUUGCUGAUACACAAAAAAAAUAAAAAAAUCACACUUUAUACCAUCACAAAGUGAUAUCGAAUUUGGAAAAAAAAGGGACCAUCUUAAUAAACCAACAACAAUGGUGAAUAAACCACAGGAAGUGCUGGAUUAACUUAAAAUUAAAGAUUCUUGUCUGUAAAAAUAAGUCAACAUGCCCUAAUUUGUCUUUUGGGUUAUUUUAGAUACUUAAUUGAAUUAAUUGUGUUUAAGAGUAUUUGAAGACAAAAUUUAAAUACCACGAAAAAGUAUACACAUAAUUUAAAUUCAAGGAUUUAAAGAUAAUGAAAAGUAAAAUUCAUCUAUUUCUAAGUUACCUUAAGUUUUCGUUUAUGAGUGGAGUUGUUAUUUAUUUUUGGGCAGCGGUUUAUUAGACUAGUAUAUUUAUGUUUCAAUCUCUUUUACUUUCAUUUUUAAUUCCCCUUACAUUCUUACAUUAUGCAAUUAAAAUAAAAUAAAUAUUACUUACUUUCUUCUACUAACGUUUUAAAAACCUUUUAAUUUUUUGUGCUAUGUGCUACCUCAGAAGUUCCUUGAUGAACCGAUGCCUUUCAAUUUUCCAGGGAUAGUGUUAUAUUAGGUACUUUUUUUGUCUAAUUUCUUGUCUAUGCUAAGCUUAACCCAUCAUAUUAUGUAGAAGUUGGGGAAAUAUGGUUUAAACUCUAACUUUAGAGUAGUGCCCCCAGGUAGAAUUGCCAUUUAACUUAAAAUUGAUGUAUUCCUUUUUUGGUUUCUAGAGCAUGCACUCUCUUCUGUCUUUCACCACAUUUUUAUUUGGUUUUGUCCGCUUGCAGUAAACAUUCUAAAGCUCUGCUCUUAUUUUAUGAUUGUGAGAAAUGGCUUUCUUUGUAUCUAAAUGGAGGGUUGCAAGGACAGAUCUUGUAUGAAUAAUUUUUGAAAGUAUACUUCUAAGUAGGUGAAUGAUUUUACAACUAAAAGUAGCAGGUUAUUUGUAAACCUAUCAGCCUAUCAUAUCAACAAAAUUGACUAUUUUAUUAUAGUGCAGUUAUAAAUUAUUGGUAUUUUAUGUAUGCAUUUGAUUAAUGCAGAAACUCUGAGCGACAAACAAAGCUAUUGUCUGUUACCUUGUCACAGUAUGUUGACAUGCAGAAAGAAGGGAACCCUGCUUACAAUAUUCUCUUUUUUAUUUUUGUGCACUUUUUACAAGCAAUUUUGGUUAGUUCAAAUAUUCUAUUUUUUACAAACAUUUACAUACAUUUUUUUCUGAUAUGAAUGCAUUUUUUUCCUUUACACCAAAGUUCCUCAAUAGUUAUCAAGAAAAAGCUUUAUUAAAUAAUGUAUCAAAGUUCUAGAAGACAAAACUAUUCUCAAGUUGUUCUGUUUUUUAUAUUUAAGACUAAUCCAAUGAUUGGUGCAUUCCUAGUGCAAUUACACAAUUUAUUAAGUGUAAAAUUUGGCUUAAAUUUUAUAAGCAUUUAUUGAAAUUAUUUGGUUUUAUAAAUUGUAACACUCAUCUACUUGAAAUUUAGUUCUGGCAACUGUUAGUAACAGGAAGGAAUUUAAAAAAGAAUGCUGAAUGAUCUUCAAUGAGCUCGUUUCGUAGCUUAGAGGGGUUUUGUUAACUUUGCAGCAUAUAAAAUGUAAACACAGUAAUUAAUAGAUGAUCACAGUUGAAUUACAAAGCUUUUCCUUGUUCACAAAUAUUAAAAGUUGUAUUUCAGGCCAUAAAAAUUUGACUUAAAUUAUGUUCAAUUGACUGCACUUCUGUGAUCCCUUCACUCUUUCUGUGUUCUUAUUUAUAUUGAUUGUUUGAGAGUUCAGUAUUGUAACUCUAUAACUGAAUACAUUCACAAUGAUUAUAUCACUUCUUCUUCUUAACAGAUAGCACUGAAGUAUGAAAAUGAAGUAAAAAUUGCACUAAAUUAUUUUUUAAGGGUAAAAAUGGAUGUAAGUAAUGGAAGCAAAAUGAAACUGAUACUUUUACAUUUGGUACUUUUACAUGUGGUUAGAAACAUGCAUGAAUUAGAAUUGUAAUCCAUGUUAGUCGUUUUAUUUAGAGAGUGUAAUCUACCUUACUAAUGUGGCAAGGCUGUUACAAACAUUUUCCUCGCUAAUAAGGCUAUAUAUAAAAAUGAACAAUUUCGGAGAAAAUUUCAGAUUUUUUACCUUGACCUGUGCAUAGUAAAGGACCAACUUGUCAAGAUUAAAACAUUUCUUUACAGCUGAUUGAUCUGUGGACAGUUUUAUUAAUAAAAAAAAAUAAUAAUUUCCCACUGUUUGAAACUGUGAUCCCACUUUACCUUGACAUUGGCAGAGGGUCACCUGUUAAAUUAGAAUUGUAGAGAUAACUAACUCUCUUUUACUUUCAGUAACAACAUAAUUGUUCAUCUGUUAAUGUAAUAUAGCGCAUGAAAUUCAUUCUACUCUACAGGCAGGCAUGGGUUCCAUCAUAAAUAUUUACUGAUAGAUUCAUUCCAAACAUAUGUUACUCUUUGAAAUAUUUUGCUUCAUCAAUAACUUCAAUGUCUUAAGCUCCAAACUGGAUAUAAAAAAUAUUUUAAGUACAAUUAUGUUUUGGAAUCUGUAAUAAUAUUAAUACAUAUUUCUAAUAUUCAAUGUUAAUGAUGAGCUGUUAGCAAAUAAUGAUGGAAAGAAAAAAAAUAGACUUGAUGCUCAUUUGAAGAUUUAAAAGAUUUUAUUAAGAUUUUCUAUUAAAAAAAUUGCAUUUGAAAACUGCAGUUAAAAGCAAUGAUUGUAUCACUAUUUUUAGCUACAGAACAUUAAAGUAUUAUUGUUUGUUAUUUUUGCUAGACCAUUUUUUGGUUUGAUGUUCACUCAAUUCCGUAGAGCCUCAGGGGGAAACAUAUUUUCAGCAAAAAAAAAGUAACUUCUGUGGGGAAUCAAAAGUUAAAUUCCCCCCACUAUUUAUAAAUCAUGAAAUACUACUAAAUAAAAUAAAAUGAAGAAAAAAGCUGUUUAACCACAUGAAAAAUUUGACAUUACUUUUCAUUAACAAGCUGCAGAAAAUGUUGGUUAAAUUCUUGUACUCAAGGCACAUGUCAUUGUUGCCUUUUAAUUCAAAUAAACAAAUUGGGACUGUAUUUUGACUUAAUGAAUCCCAUUAUAGAGAAUGCUAACUCACAGAGUCAAGUUUAUCUAAACAUUGAAAUUCCCAGUGGCAAUGUUUCAAAAUUCCUGUCAGUCAACAGUUUUCCAGAUUUCUGUGAUUGAAGAAUACAUCUGCACAUUCAAUAGUCUAGAAAGGGUGGUGUGGUCUACCCCAGAUCGCACUUUUUAAAAGAUACUGAGGGGCAGCAUUCUUGACCAAAUGAAUGAGUUUAUUGUGGGGGCACACUAAUUCUUACUUUGCCACUUUGUAUAUUAAAAAGUUAUGGACCGCUGUGUAGAAUUAACAUAGCAUUUUUGAAUCUACAAUUGUACAAAAUUUUUUUUAAAAAGAAGACUUUCUAUCAAAGAGGAGUUAUUAAAAAUUAGAAAAUAAUUAAACAUUUCUUACAAUGCAUUAUGCAAAGAAAGACUGUGCAGAAGUGUAGAUGAGCACUCUAUGAAACUAAAGGAAUCUAACUCAAUGUGGACAAACCUUAAAUAUGUUUUACUUUUAUUAAUUUUAGAAAAUAUUUUUGCAUCUUUAAAUUAUCAACAAAAGUAGAAUUAUUUACUUAUAAACAUCGAAUGCGUACAAAAUCCCAGUUAAAGUGACCUCUUUGGCUAGACUAGGCAUAAAACUAAAAAAUAGAUCUAAGCUCAACCAUUCUCUAUAAUAAUUUAAGCGACAGUAUCAACCCCCCUCCAUCAGUAUUCUUUUCCAGGCCAUUCACCUGGUGAACACUGCAUGAGAAAGACUCUGUCUAAAAAUUUCAUGUGUGUAAUUUAAAAAUUACGUUCAACAUAAAAGAUGGAUAUGUGAGGAGAAAGUCUUUUUAAAAAAUAUAAUUUUUUUUGUUUAAGAAAUUAAAUUUUUUAAUUGCAUUGAAAUUAAAAAUAUUAUUAUAAAAAAUUAUAGUUUCAAAUACUUUUGUCAUUUUAUUUACAUCUGUAUUUUCCUUACAGGUCCACCUCAACUGGCCCCUACACCACCAUCUGUAGUUCCUCCACCACCACCACCACCACCCACUGGGGCACCGCCACCACCACCACCCCCUCCUGCUGGUGCACCACCUCCUCCUGCUGCAUCCGGAGGACCUCGCUCGGCCCUGCUCAGCUCAAUAACAAGUUUCAGUAAAAAUGGGCUGAAGAAAGCUGAGACGAAUGACAAAAGUAAACCUAAAGUAUAAGGGUCAUCUCCCUUAUGUGAACCUAUUUGUAAAAAAAAAAAAAAAAAAAAAAAACAAAGGGAGGCAAUUUAUGUGUUGCCAACAACAAGUUAACACUUGUAAAUAAUGAUUAGAUAGAAGAAAUCGGGGAUAACAUUUUAUAAAUGAGAUUUUCAGAGCAAAUUUUAACCUUGUUACACAGCAAGCUUCUAAUUUUUAAUAAUAAAAUCCAAUGCCAUGAUGUCAAAUGUUCUCUGAUGGACUUUUAAAUUAAGUAAAUACAGGGCCAGCUGGUCUAAUGUAUGGUACAUUAGCAACAAUUGAAGUUCUUGAAGUUACGUAUCAUUAAUAUUUUAAUUGGUUCAGAAUGAAAGAUUUAAUGAGCCCAUUCUUUGGUGGAGAGUGGUCAAAAAGAUUAAAGAGAUUUUGUGCCAUUGCACAACAACAGAAUGAACAGGCUUCAAUUGCCAAUUUUAAAUUAUUUAAUCCUCUUGAUAAAUAUAGUAUCUUGUUACAGUUUAAAAAAAUAUUUAAAUUCUAAUACUCAAAUUGAAAAUCUCAUAGAACUUGUUGGUUGUUGUAAGGAUGAAAUAUAUACAAAGUUAUGGCUACAGAACUCCUUAAUUCUAACUUUCUGUCAGGAAAUUUAAUGGCAAAGAUGAUUUGACCAUUCAUAAUAUUUUAUUCAUAAGAAUGAUUCAUUUAAAUGUAUCGACUUUAAGCAUC